AUGAAGCUUUUGGGAUUGUUAGCAAUUGCAUCUGGUGCCAUCAACGCUCUUAAGACCAAGGCUCUUCAUCUUAACUGCGAGCAGGAACUUAAGCCUUACAGUGCUGUUCUAAGUGCCAAUUGCAUGGCAUUCGCUCUAAAUGCAGACAACAUCCACGAGACAAUUAGAUACCUCAACUCAGUGAACAUCGACAAGGCAUACGUGCUCUAUUGGAACGACCACGAUCUCCGACAGAACCCUAUGGUUCUCCACAAGAACGGAGCCCUUGCUCCUCUCGACCCAAACACAAACAGAGCAAAGUAUGUCCUCUGUGUAGAGGCCUGCAGCUGCCCAGGGUCCAACACCAGGCCUGGAAACUCUGUCCCAUGCGAGAGCAUAUGUGUAGAGAACAAUGGGUCUACUCCAUGCAGUGAAAACAUAUACGUCCAAAGAGAAGAGAACAUCUGCAACAAAGUUGUUGUCAACCCCUCUCCAAGGAGGUGCGGACCAUGCGAGCCUUGCGACUCUAGCAGUAAUAGUGAGUGCGGAGACAGGAGAUGCAAAGUCUUCCCAAGAGUAUCCAAGAAGGUGUCUGGAUCAAGACGACGUGGAUGCCCAAAGAAGGUUGAGGUUGUGAAGAGUCAGAAGACAUUCACAUUUGACGUUGAGAAGUAUAGGAGAAGAGGAGAUGUCGUUGUCAGAGUCUGCUCCAGCGACUGCAAGGACAAGUUUGAGAGCUUUGUCUUAUCCAGGAAUGGCGAGAUCAGAGGAAGGAGCGACAAGUGCGUCCCCGAGGUUCUUCCAGAGUGCCUCAGGUGCCCAGGAAAGAUCUACCAGCUCAAGAGGCGCAUUGAGCGCGAUGUUUGCCAGAGGGUCUGCAUGUACAUCAACAGCAGGUGCGAGAUCUUUGUAAUGGUUGGCGACUGUGAGUUCUACAGAGUCAUUGUCAGGGAGGGAAGGAGAAGAGGCCUCCACCUCAAGAAGGUCAGAGGACACAAGCUCAGAGAGCUCAUCAAGAACGGUCUCUUUGGCGUUGAAUUCGGCCCUGUGGAUUACAGCCGAUUGUAA